CCAGCCGCCACCACCACCGCUCCUCAUCCGUUUCCAUCUCAGUCAGCUCCAAGCAGUCAACCAUGUCCGGCCGCGGCAAGGGCGGGAAGGGCCUCGGCAAGGGCGGCGCGAAGCGCCAUCGGAAGGUGCUGCGGGACAACAUCCAGGGCAUCACCAAGCCGGCGAUCCGUCGUCUGGCUCGCCGUGGCGGCGUGAAGCGCAUCUCGGGGCUCAUCUACGAGGAGACCCGAGGCGUGCUCAAGAUCUUCCUCGAGAACGUCAUCCGCGACGCCGUCACCUACACCGAGCACGCCCGCCGCAAGACCGUCACCGCCAUGGACGUCGUCUACGCGCUCAAGCGACAGGGACGCACCCUCUACGGCUUCGGCGGCUGACCUGCGCCUGCUGCUGCUCCAUCGAGUCGACUCUGCUGGAUGCUGCUCCUGUUCUCGUGCUACGGUUUCGUUUCUGAGUGCGUGAGUUGGUGUUCUGUCGGUCUGUGUAGUCUGUGCCUUUGUGGAAGGCGAUGGGUCUGAAUGUAAUGGAAUUGUUGGUUCUUGCAAGAAAUGAAUCUGAAUGCAACGGAAAAAUUGUACUGCA